AUGGACAACAAAGGUUAUCAAGACCAAUAUGCUUCAAAUCAAGGUGGAGGUGGAUAUGAUUUGGGAAGCGGUGGUGUCAGUAGUGGAUACAGUCAAGGUGGCGGAUACAAUCAAGGUGGCGGAUACAAUCAAGGUGGCGGAUACAAUCAAGGUGGCGGAUACGGUCAAGGCGGAUACAAUCAAGCAGGGUACAACCAAGGUGCUGGAUAUCAAGGUGGAUACAGCCAACAAGGUGGCUAUAAUCAAGGUGGGUAUCCUCAACCUCAACAACAAGGAGGCUAUCCACCGCAACCAGGAGGCUAUCCAUCUCAACAACAAGGUGGAUAUCCCCCUCAACAACAAAGCGAUAUGUGUGGCAAAGGUUUAUUAGCUUGUUGUGCUGGUGUUUUAUGCUGUUGUUGUGCCGAGACAUGUACUGAGCUAUGUACCAUUAUGUAG